AUGCCUUUAACCAAGAUUUUCGAGCCCUUCUCUUUCGAGGGACAGAAAGAUGUGAGGAACUUUAGCUCGCUGCCAAGUGCUGAGUUCCCCCUUGCUCUGCGGCCAGCGAAUGGCUGGGAUCCGUCUCUACAGGAGUCCAUCGAGACUGUCAGUCAGCUUUCUAGUUCGGGCGAGCUUAAAAGAAUCAUUCAGAAACACGGAGGUGCGCUGCUUAUUCGGGGACUACCGAUCAGAACCCCAGAGGACUACAGUCAAAUUGCACAUGCUUUCGGAUUCAUUGCCCAUGAAGAGGUUGGACGGCCACCAAUCAGGACGGUGCUGGCAAAGAAUGUCAAGACAGCCAACGAAGGACCACCAGAUCUGCCUAUCUGGCCUCAUAACGAGUAUGGGUGGUCAACAAUCCACCCGGACUGGAUUAGCUUCUCAGCUCUUGCGGUUCCCGAAUCCGGUGGCGAGACUCCAAUCAUAUCAGGAUUGGGCCUUGUGAGGGCGUUGCAAGCACAAGCUCCAAAAUUCAUCGACAAGCUGCAAAAGAAAGGCGUCAAAUACGUUUAUCGUUACGGCGUGAAGGCGAUAGUGUCCACCACUGGGGCAAGCGUCAUCGAUGCCUAUGGGCAAGAAGUGAAAUCAGACGACGAUGAAGUCACCGUGAGGAGGAAGGUCGAGGAGCAAAUUAAAAGACAUAGUCAUAAUUUCGAGUGGCAUGACGACGGGUCAUUGAGUGUGACCCAUGUUGUCCCAAUCAUAAGAAAGCACGAAGACUUGGGUCUUACUACGUGGUUCGGGAACCUCACCAGUGCGUGGGGGCGCAGCAGACAUCAUGGAGCUACUCAACCUCCUUAUCGAGGCGAUGACGGCUCAUAUCACCCUCCUCCUCUGUACGGAGACGGAACCGUCAUUGAGAGCAGUUACCUCGACUUGGCCCUUUCGAUCGCGGAGUCGUCGCAGGUCUUGCUGAGAUGGGAACAGGGUGACGUGGUCCUGCUCGAUAACUACGCAGUGUUGCACUCCCGCGUACCGUGGAAAGGUAACCGCUCAGUUCUGGCAGCGCUCUGGGAUGAUGUUCAGGAAGAGAACAGAAUCUCAGACUACACCGAAGAAUCAUGGCGUAUCGCAUCCGAAGUCCAGGAGAGAAAUUAA